AUGACCUCUUUCGACAAGCUUGGUUUAAGCGGCGUACUGCUACGUAAUAUUCGGCAGCUAGGUUUUACAGAGCCUAGUUCUGUGCAAAAGUCUUGCAUCCCGCCGAUCCUUCAGGGAAGGGAUGUCAUCGGCAUUGCCAACACAGGAAGUGGAAAAACAGCUGCCUUUGCCCUGCCCGUUGUGCACGUAUUGAGUGUAGACCCACAUGGCGUCUUUGCGCUCUGCCUUAGCCCUACGCGGGAACUGGCCUAUCAGAUAGCUGAACAGUUUGCAGUUUUCAGCGUCGGAAUGUCUCUCAGGUGUGAAGUGGUAAUUGGUGGUGAGGACCUACUUCGACAGGCCAGCUCACUAUCGAAACGUCCGCAUAUUGUUGUCGCAACGCCUGGACGUUUACUAGAGCACUUCAUGCACUCCUCUGAUACCAUAGAAUGCUUUCAGAGACUCAAGUUCUUGAUUUUAGACGAGGCGGAUAGACUUCUAGAUUCCUCCUUUGAGGCUGAGCUCCGAUAUCUGUUGACAAAUUUGCCACAGAAGCGCCAGACUCUGAUGUUUUCUGCCACCAUAACACCAAGCGUUAUAGCACUCAAGCCACUCCUCGGUCAACGUGCUUUCUACUAUGAAGAAAAAGGUGAAUUAACGACGCCCACCGGGUGCGCGCAAUACUACUGUUUCAUGCCCGAAAAAGUCAAGGAUACGUACUUGGUUCACGUGUUGAGAGAACUUGUGUCAAGCAAGUCCACACGCGCCAUGAUAUUUUGCCCUACAGUUCAGAAGUGUGAGAUGGUAUCGCAUAUGCUUCAUAAUCUCGGUAUAGCUGCAUGUUCUCUACAUGCAGCGAAGAAACAGAGAGAUCGACACUCCACAUUGAACGCUUUUAAGAGUACAAUGGUGAAGAUUUUAGUCGCGACAGAUGUUGCGGCGCGAGGACUUGACUUGCCUGACGUUGAAUUGGUGGUCAACUACGAUAUACCCUCAGAUCCUCGUCAGUACAUUCACCGAAUCGGUCGAACUGCUCGAUUUCACGCGACUGGUCAAGCUAUAUCGCUCGUCACGCAGUAUGAUGUAGGAAAAAUCAAGAAAAUAGAAAAACACCUUGGGCACGAACUCGAAGAAUUUCAUGUGCAAGAAGCAGAUGUUAAUAAGUUGGUGGGAGAAGUUUUUGCUUCUAGAAAGAUGGCCAAAUUACACAUGGCUUCCCCAGGCGGAUUCGAUGAGCAGCUCAGUGCAAAGAAGAAGCGACAAUCGGCUAAGUAA